GUUGCCCUUUACCAGCGACGAGGAGAUUAUUGCGGGGCAUCUAAUCUUCCUUCUUGACCUGUCUCGGGAGUGCUGCAAUCUGAUAAGGCAGUGCCUGAAGAGAGUCCCUGAACAUCGGCCAACUUUCAAUAAAAUCCUGAGCCACAAGUGGUUUACGAAGGAGCUUCAGGACAAUGUUCAGACCCCACCUGGUGACUAGGAUCUGGUGAUCUGGUGACACCUUCAUAACACUUAAGAAUUUAUUUUGUGUGUGCGUGUGUAUAUAUAUUGUGGCGCCAGGCCAGUAGCCAGCGCACAGGAAACAAAGAUCGCGCCUCACGGGACUGCCGCAGUGGCGCAGAAGAGACAUCUCCGCUUCAGCGCCACCAAAUCUUUUGGACAUCCAGAUAGCACGUGGCGGCGGGUCGGGGCCGCCGACACACCCACGGCUCGUGAAUGGUGCACCGUAUGGAAGAAUUCCACCAUCCAGCAAGCGAGGGGAGAGUAUAAAAGGGCGAUAUUCCACUUGCAUAAAGAGAGCAGUAUCCCCGAGCAUGUGUGUGAAUUUCUGGCGUGUUUUAUGCAGUUUUGCCGACGCGUGCCUGUUUGCUAAUCGCUGUUGUAUGUUUUUUCAGGUGACUCUGACGCGAGUGACAGCUCCGCCCCGCCCCCUUGGCUGUAACCGCCGACGGCUGAGACCCUCACCACCCGAUCGCCCUUCAACCCACACACACACACCUACACACGCACCCACAUGCGCACCCCCGUUCACCGAUUAUCUUAAAUAAAUCCCCCAUAACAUUGAAACAGCCUCCUGUGUCUGUGCUCCGCCCACCGCUGGCUAAAAUCCCUACACUGGUGGAGGAUGCAGGCAUGAGCACAGACCCAGCCGUCUAAAAGUGUUUUUUUUCCCCUCUCUUUUCCCCAUUUUCCCUCUCCUCCAUUGGGGAUUGUUCACAAACAUGGAUCCCACGCUGCUGCACCUUCUGGAGGCCAGUAUUCAGCAGCAAACGGUGGCACAACAGCUCGCCCACAGCCUACAAGCGGUGACACAAGAGCUAGUGGCUCUGAGGACAGCGACUCCCGCAGCUGCUACGCACCUCCCUGAUGCUGGCCGUGAGGUCCGACGCCUGCUUCCCCCUCUAAAGCCCGAAGACGAUAUCGAGGCCUACCUCGAGACCUUUGAGAGCAUCGCCCGCCGCGAAGAGUGGGACCGCGAUGAGUGGCCACGCAUCCUCGGCCUGCUGCUUUCCGGGGAGGCGCGCACGGCCUAUUACUCCCUCUCUCCGGAGGAAGCGGCUGACUAUGGAGAGGUAAAGAGGGAGAUCCUGGCAUGGUGUGGGCGAAACCCGCUCCAGGCGGCGGCGGAGUUCCACCAGUGGCGCUACAGGCCGGGAAUCAAGCCACGUGGACAGAUGGACACCCUCCUGCGCCUCACCAAGAGGUGGCUCCAGCCUGCCAUGCACUCUGCCACCGAGGUUGUAGAGAUGGUGGCUGUGGACAGGUUCCUGAGGACCUUGCCACCCACAGAACGCCAGGCCGUGGGGAUGCGAGCCCCCGGGACAUCCAGGAAACUAUUGACCACCCUGUAACACACCCUGACCACCCUGGCACUCGGCAAAGAGGGACAGCACCAGCAAGGCCACCCAGACUACAGGGUGCCCCAGGACGAGCCCAGCCCGACCGAGCCAGACCAUGGGACACCGAAGAAGACCCAGAAAACCUGGCCG